AUGAUGAGGAAUCUUAAGGUUGAUCCUCCUCCUCUAGAACUCUCGGAUUCUAAUAUGGUGCCUUCAAAGGAUGGAAGCCCAUCUGAUGCAACAUCGUGUGUUUCGUCCGCAGGAGAUGCAGCUGGAAGUGUCAAAGAAGGUGACGUGGAUCAUGAUUCCCUGACAACGGAUCAGGCCUUGCUUUAUCCAGCUGGGAGCUACUAUGGAUAUUACUAUCCAGGUUAUGAUGGUCCUUUUGGAGGGUCUAAUGACCAAGUAUACUACGUGGCUAGUGAUGGAACCGAGCUUCAAUACCCUGUUAUGCAAGCAGAUAAUGGGUCUUUGAUCUACUUCAUGCCAGGGAUACAACCUACUUACAGCCCUUAUGUGCCUGUAAGCAUGAUUGGCGCUGAUGGACAAUUUGUUGCUCAACCACCAUAUUCACCAAGCUCCAUGUUCCAACCAUCCAUUCCUUCCCCUGGCUAUAUUCCAACUCCUCUUUCAUAUGGAGAGUCUUUGCCAUACCUAUGGGAUCCGUCUGUUUUAGCUGGGGAAGGAACAUAUGGGAAUGGCUAUGGUGGAAUUCUGGAUAUUCCUAGCACUAAACUUAACAUGUCUUCACCUAGUCACACUCGUUGUCAUCCAUCAAAAAGGGCAGUGCCUUCAGACUCAAGCAAAUCUUUGGAAACUAAGACCUCCCUUCCAACAUUGGAUGUCUCAUCUGGUCAUGGCAUGCGUAACCAGUUAAAAACAGUGGGCAAGGCUUCACAGCAUCUCUCUCCAUUCCAGUCAGAUGUACUGGGCAAAGGGUAUUUUCCAUUUGCAAAGUUUCCACCAUAUACUCUGGGGAAGGGUGCAAUGCUCUAUCCGAAUAACACUACUAAAGCAAAUGCAAGGGGUUGGGUAAGCAAUGAAAAGCUAAAAACAAGAAGCAAGACUUAUGGAAUCAAUGAUGCAUUGCUUAAUGAGCAGAAUUACGGUCCCAGGACAACCAAUGCAAAAGGUUCUGUGGCAUUUGGAGGUAAUGCCGCUGGAUCUUUGGCUUCUGAUGGGAAUGGAAACAGUAACAGCAUAACUUCAGUUAUUAGCAGGGAUCAAUAUAACCUUCCUGACUUUUCAACCAAAUACGAUCAUGCAUUUUUCUUUGUUAUCAAAUCUUACAGUGAAGAUGACAUUCAUAAAAGCAUCAAGUACAAUGUGUGGGCCAGUACUCCUAAUGGAAAUAAGAGGCUGGAUAGUGCUUAUCAAGAUGCACAACAGAAGAUAACUGAGAAAGGCAGCAGUUGUCCUGUGUUCCUUUUCUUUUCAGUAAAUGCAAGCGGCCAGUUCUGUGGAGUUGCAGAGAUGAUUGGCCACGUUGAUUUCAAUAAAAGCAUGGAUUUCUGGCAACAGGACAAGUGGAAUGGUUACUUCCCAGUCAAGUGGCAUAUCAUUAAAGAUGUUCCAAACCCACAACUUCGGCAUAUAAUACUUGAGAAUAAUGAGAACAAGCCUGUAACUAAUAGCAGAGACACACAGGAGGUCAAAUUUCCUCAAGGUAUAGAAAUUCUGAACAUAUUCAAGAACCAUGUUUCAAAGACAUCAAUUUUGGAUGACUUCGAUUUUUAUGAAAGUCGCCAGAAGGUGAUGCAAGAGAAAAGACCAAGGCCAUGGAUACCCCAUUUUGAUCACAAACAGCAGAAACCAAAUGAAUUGAUCGCUGCGGUUGCAUUUGGAGCUGUGGAAAUACAGCCCAAUGCUGCUCAUGCAAAUGCCAACUGA